UUUAAUACAGGAUAUUUGUAAAUAAGAUGGGUUUACAUAAGGUUUUUAUUAACAUAGCUAGAAACAAUAGAACCAGAAAACUAAAUGUUUGUCGCUGAGAUUUGUCUAUUAUUUUGGCAGGUACUCUCUUAUCGUCAAAGAAAAGGCUUUUAUUUCAUCUCCGAGUGAAUAAAUUUGUUUUGAAGCAACUGUCAAGGAAAAGAGCAGUGAGCACAUUUUAAUUAAAAACAUUUGAGAAAGUUCGCUUUGAUUUUAUGGAUUCGAGGUACAUUGCAUGACUCAGUGUGAAAAGAAUGAGCUCUAUCACCUUAGAGAAGAAAGCAUUUCGUCGUGUACACAUCAGACAGUCGAUGCACAAGCGAAAGGUCAGUUCUCGAAUCAGGCGCCUUUUCAGUAUUUGUGACGAAGAAAAGAAGGGUUACGUCACACGAGAAGAGCUGUUUCGACUAACAAAGGAAAUUGCUUUGACGAAAGAAGAAGUGAACAGCGCGUUCUAUUAUCUUGAUAAAGACAAAAAUGGAUCACUAAGUCUAGAUGAGUUCAUGGAGGGGUUUGACGUAUUUCUCGGGACGCGACAAGUCUCAAGCAAAAGUUUUAAUCACCAAGAAAUAUCAGAUUCUUCGCAGCUCUUUGACUAUAUAGACAGAAAUGGGAAAGGCUUUAUAACCCAAGAAGAUUUGCAGUCAGUGGGUGGCGAGUUCAAUUUGACUCAAGAGGAAAUACAAUCGAUCUUUCUUGCAUUGAGUAAAAAGGGAAGAACUGUGCUUACUUUCAAAGAUUUCGAAGAAGGUCUUGAAAAUCUAACAAAUGCUGUUGAUGCAGACGAAACUGUUUCCAUGGAUGAAGAAGUUUUCACGAAUGGCGUUGGCGACAACAAUGAUGACGGAGAUACAAACAUGGAUUAUGCAAAUUUUGGCCAGGAUGAUUUGAAGGAGAUACUGGCGCAGAAAGCUACAGAAUUAUUUAAAGUUUGUGACAAAGAUGGCAAAGGAUAUAUCACACAGGAAGAUCUACUGGAACUUACAAAAGAGUUGGCCUUGAGUUCCGACCAAGUGCAAUCUGCUUUUGUAAAACUUGAUACAGAUGAAAAUAAGUUUCUAACACUUGAUGAGUUUAUUGGUGGAUUUGGGGUAUUUCUCGGAGUUGAACACCAGGAGGACUUAAACCCGGAAGAGAGGAAACGACAAGAGAAGGCGAGGGAGCUGUUUGACCUUUGUGACGAAGGAAGUAAAGGCUACGUAACCAAGACCGAUUUGUUGCGAUUGAUGAAGACUCUAGGAUUGACGAAGGAUCAGUUGAUUUUGAUUUUCGACCAGUUAGAUGACGAUCAAAAUGGAUUUUUAACUAUUCAUGAAUUCACAACUGGCUUUAGCGAAUACUUGGACGACUCAUUCGACGACCAUGAGCAGGCAGAGUUUGGUCGUCAAGGGAGCUUUAAUCAGUAUGGCGCUGAUAAUGACCCCAAAUAUUGUAGCACCGAUGUGAUAACAUUUGUAAAGCAACCAUCAGUUGAGCAGUUGGACUCAAACGCUAAGCUUCUAAUCAACAAUAUAGAUGAAUGCAUCGCAGAUUCUCUCACCAAAGAGCAGCUUGCCGAGCUAUGGAAAACGUUACAGCAAACAGAUGUCAGGACAUUGACAAGAUUUGAAGAAUUUCUUAUUAAUAUAACAAGUGAAAUUAAGAGAGCAAGGCAAGAAACUGUCCAUUUGGAAAACACUUUAAAAAGAAAAGCACUGUCGCACGAUAUAGAAGUACAGAAAUUGUAUGAGGAAAUGGAACAGCAAAUUAAAACUGAAAAAACCAAGAUAAACGACCUGGAAGCAAGAAGAGAGAAAAUGAUAAGAGAAGAGAUGAAAAUUCAGCUUGAAGAUAAAGAUUCUCAGCUUACAAGGUUGAUGACGACUCAACGCGAGUUGGAAGAACGGCUCUUCGAAAUCCAACAACACGAACAUAAUUUGAAGCAGGAGAACAUAAAACUAGUGCAGCAAAAUUCUGAACUGGAAGAAAGGCUGAAAACCUCGGUGUCAAGCUUGGAAGACACACAAGUGUACGUCUCAACAUUGCAAGCCUCGACAGCUAAGGAAAAAAGAGACCGGAUACGUGCUGCCAUGCAAGCAUCACAUGGAAUGCAGAAAGAACAUGAAAGCUUGAUUCGUCAAUUAGAUAUGCUCCGAGAAAUGAACCAGAAACUCAGAGACGACAAGGAUGCUAUUGAGUCAUCAAUGAAGAUGCGAGCAGAUCGAACCACGAGUCUUGAUGAUGAGAUUCAUAUGGCCGAGGGGAAGAUACCUUUGCAGAAAACCGGUUCAAUCAUGAGCUCAUAUUUCAGUGCUACGAAACGAGGACGUCAAAAUUCGAGCACUUCGGCAAGAAACAGAAAUCUUCUUGAGAAGCAAGGAUCUUUAAUGUCAUUGUACUUUGAGCCAAGCCGAGGCAGCCAAGAGAGCUUAGUUUAUGGUGAUAUCCCCCCUGACGACAUGCGGCAAGAUUCUUUCAACGAAGAUGAUCACCCUGAGUGGCGAAGGAGACUCAUCAGGGCCGUUGAGGAAGACGGGGAAUUGAUGCUAGGUGAUACUGAAAGCAUGGACUAUAACAGUGAUACUGGUACACUUUCAGCAAGUUUCUCUACUGAAAAUGGAAACAAAUACUUUGAGCCACCUGGCGACGACCAUGAUGUUUUGACCUCGACACCAAUACGCAGCGAAAACCCAAGCGAGGAAUCACCUACAAGACGGCGUAGGAUGUUGCCAACUAUCCAUGGCGGGAACGAGUCUUUGUAUCAGCCAAGAAAUGAAGACGAGGAUGUGAUCGGGCAUAUUAAGGCGUUGCGGAGAAAGCUGUCAAAUGAACACGUAUUGAAUGGAGAGGUUGAUGGCAUAAACAGAUCGGAAGGCGUUGCUCAAAAUGAGGACACUAAUGACAAAGUUGACGAUGUAAAGAAGCUCGAGCUAUCUAGUUCUACGUGUGGUGCAGAAGAGGAAAAUUGUGGCAACAAGUAUCGGAAUGACGAAAAUUUCAACAUCGAUGAUGAAAGUGGUUCAGUUUCACAUGAGGAUAUGGAAAGUGAAUUAGGAAAUUCACACGAGCAAGUACCCGGCCAAACAGAGGAUCAAAUGAGUGCAACAGAGAGUGAAGCAGACAGAAUGUCACAUGGAGUAGAAGAGGAAAUGAAAGAGGUCAUUUCUUUGGACAUGGAAGAAAGCAAGAAGCACUUGCGUGAAAUGCUGAAUGAUCUGGCGAAACCACAGACACAACAAAAAGCAUUGGCAGGCAGUGACUCAAAUGAUGCGAGCAGUUCGAACGCUCCUUUGAAUGCCCAACCUUCUGAAGAGCCUCCUUCCAAUCCUAACCGGGUGUACAAAAUUGUCUUUGUUGGUGAUUCUGGAGUCGGUAAAAGCAGUUUGAUUCACCGGUUCUGCUUCAAUCACUUCCGAACGAAUUUUUCUGCAACGAUUGGUGUUGACUUUCAAGUGAAAAUCGUCAAGGUUUUCCAAGAAUGGGUUGCGUUGCAGCUAUGGGACACAGCUGGUCAGGAGAGAUUUCGAAGCAUCACAAAGCAGUACUUCCGAAAAGCUGAUGGUGUUAUUGUCAUGUUUGAUUUAUGUUCAGAAAGAUCUUUCAAAAACAUGAGGAACUGGAUGAACAGUGUAGAGGAUUCUGCUGAGCCCGAGUGUACAGUGAUGAUCCUUGGAAAUAAACUCGAUCUUGCUGAUGAUGGGUUUCGUAAGAUCAAAGUAGACAUUGGAGAAAAACUGGCGCAAGAUUUCAGCAGUGCAUACUUUGAAGUGAGUGCCAAAUCGGGACAUGGGGUCAACGAGGCGAUGGUCAAAAUGUCCAGGUUGCUUGCUGAAAAGGAAGAUUCCCUUAUGAAAAUGAGCGUUCUCAACCUUGAUGUCAAUUCCGAUAGCAAAAAGAAGAAAACAUGCUGUUGAUGACCGUGAAGGCUUCACAUGGAAUAACAAAUUUGUCAUGGUGUUCCAUUCGAAUAGAGGAUAGAUAAAAUCGCUCAUGGCGAAACGAUCAUGGCGAAACGAUCACGGUGCAACAAAGGACUGCGAAAUCACCUCUUUCCAGAGCAAUUGCCGGGUACCGGAUGAAAGGUAUUUUUUCAGAAGUAUCUUGUCUUCAUUUGUUUCAAAUAAUUUUAUUUGACAAAAUUUUAUUGUCACCCUAUUGGCCUACCAAUACAAGAGCCUUUUGGUACUCCCAUUUUUCUUAAGAAACCUUGAUUAGGCUAUAGAUAGUUAAAAUGAAAAUUUGUGAUCGGCUUUCGUUUUCACCAAAAUAUAAUUCGAGGAGACAGGAUAGGAAUUUUUCUAACAAAGGGCAGAAUGUUGAUUUGUUAUUUAUUUAAUUAAUACGUGGGACACAGUAGUUGUAAGGAUUAAAAACUGUCUUGAAAAUUUACAGAAUUUUCUUAAUUUAAAAUUGAGUUUGUAUCAUAAUUGUUUCAUUGGUAUUUAAAAUAUCGUUUAUUUAAUGUUUGGGGAAUAUAAUACGGAUGUCUUCGGUAAAAUUAUUAAAAAGCUCUAUUUUCGUAGCUUUAAGAUUGUAAUUAUGAAUAGAUUGUCUAAGUUAAGGCAGCAAUUAUCUAAAACCCAUGGUCUGGUAGAAAUAUUAUUCUAGCUUUUUCAGCAACUUUUUCGUCUGAUGGUCAGAGAAAGAAAAUAUUUUCUAUAAUUAAAGACAGCAUAUUAAAAGCAUGUCUCCUGUAAUGAGAAUAUAUAUAGGUUACUGGCUGGUUUCCUUAUUUUAAAUUUUGCGCGCAUUCAGUCACGUUGCAAGUUUGAGUUGCUCAUUUGGAUUCCAACUACUGGAAGGAUGUUUUCCCAACCUGAUCAACAUGGUAUGUUUGCUUUUAAUUUCUUUUAUCAUGAUGUUAAGAUUAUUUUUGAUGCUAUAGCUGAAUCACUAAUGCCAAAAAUUCCCCGUUUAAAUAUUUGCAAAUCCCCCGUUUUUUGCCAAAUCACUUGGUUUCGUGAGAUACCAGAUCUUAUACCAAGCGUUAGCAAAUAUACUAUAUUUUAUUUCGUUGAUAUAGAAUAAAAUUGCGCUUUUAAGGUCCGAAAAUAACAUUGAAAUUUUUGUAUUUUGUGAAUAAUUAGUUUUUAAAACAAAAUGACAUAAAAUGAAACUUGUGAAUCGUUUUA